AUGAUUAUUAUAUUUUUUUUCCUUUAUUCAGUACAAUCAUAUACAUUUGUGAUUCAUGGAGAAAACACAACAUUAAUUGAAUAAGAUUCAAUUUUAUCUUCCAAAUUUUCUGAAGUAUACCCUAUUUAAACCUAAUGUUAACCUAUUCGACUCUAUAUUGUUGGAUCAACCUAAAACGGAAGUUAAUUUAUUCUGAAAAACAAUAAUGAAACAGAUUUGCACUUUAAGUUUAAUAUAAAAUCUAUUGAUAAAGAGAUAAUUAACAUUCAUUAUAAACAAUCAUAAGAAAAAAUUACUAUUUAACCUAAUGAUUCUUAUGAAUUUCAUGUAAAAUAUAUUUGCUUGAAAAGUAUUUAAGAUAAAACUUGGACUACAAUCGAAAUAAUGUAUUAAAUUAAUGAAAGAUAACACACCUUAUAUUAUUAUAAAUUAUGUGAAGCAUCAGAUACGUUUUUUCAUCCAUUAGUUAUUUUGUUGUUUUCAUCCUUAAUAAUUAUAUUGAGUGGAUCAAUUUAUGGGAUUAAAGAAUAGUAAAUGUUUGGAGGACCCUAAACUGAGGCUUAUGGGCCUAAAGCUGCUAUAAUUUUCAUUUUUGUUUCAAGCAUUCUUCUAAUUUCCCUUUAUAAGUUUUAAAGCUUCGCUUCUAGUUUCACAUAUAUAAUCAUAAUGUUUACAGCCUUUAUUUCAAUAGAAACAAUAUUAUUAGAUUUCUAAAAUGAAUAUUUAUAUUCGAACAAUGUCAAAUUUUUAAUCUCAACAAUAAUAAGCGGAGUUAUAAUAGUUAUAUACCAUUAUAAUAAAACAUGGAUAUUCAAUAAUAUUUUAGCAGUUUCCAUAAUAUUAUUUAGCUUUAGAGUAAUAAAUAUAAUAAUAAAUUAGAUUUUAAAGCUUGAUUCAUUAAAAACAGGAACUAUAUUUAUGUUAUUGGCUUUACUAUAUGAUUUGUUUUGGUUAUUUGUUAGUCCAUCAAUAUUUGGAUAACCUGUUAUACAAAAUAUUACCACUACUUUAGAGUUGCCUAUAAAGCUAUUAAGUCCAUCAUUAAUUAAAAAUUGUAAUACACCUUAUUAACAAUGUUCAAUUUUAGGAAUUGGUGAUAUACUUAUUGUAGGAUUGAUCAUCAAAUAUAUUUUGAAGUUCUAAAUAAUAUCUGGUGAAAAUAGCUUAUUAUUUUGUUCAUCUAUUUUAGGAUAUGGAAUUGGAUUAAGUUCUUAUUUUAUUCUAAUGCAUUAUUAUCAUAUCUAAUAUCCAGCAUUGUUUUAUGUUAUACCAACUACACUUGUAUCAAUCAUAGUCCCAAGUCUUUUUAAAUCAUUGUUCCUUCGAAUUUGGAAUGGUGCUUUCGCAAUUAAAUUAGUUGAAGAAUAAGAAUUAGAAAUGAUUUGA